AUUAUUUUGGUGAGCGAGCGAGCGAGCGGAGUACUUUACUAAAUUAGCGUAUUAUUUUUGUACUCCUUUCCGUGAAUGCUGUUUGCUGAAUGCUAAGAAACAAAGAAAAAGAAUGCUGAAUGCUAAUUAUAAAGUAAAGGAAGCAAUGGGAAACCCUCGAAAUUUAGGGAUACCUUUAUCUUUAGACGAAGCCCACGUUUAAUCCUACCUUCACGAACCUCCUACUCCAUCGAAGCUAAAGGUUCUGGCUUGCUGGGUUCUGUUGAUUGUUUGAGGUUUGGCUGAAAAUAUUUGGUCUUUUUAAAUGUAGAGAGAGAUUACAAAGAUAAUUCAACAUGGUUGAGAAAUUAUGGGUGAUAAGAGAAAACACUUCCUGAAUACGGGGCCUCUCUGCAUUUCGUUUUUGUGGUAAAUUCGGAUAGUACAUUUGAUCAAGGGUUCUCUUUGUUUUAGCUUGGAAUGAAGAGUUCCUUUUAUAGGUUUUGAUUAUGGUGAAACCUUCGUUUGUGUUACGACAAGGGCUCGAGUUUCGCAAGACAAUAAUAACAGUGCGUUGGACUUGUAAAUAGCGGGAAAGUAGUGUUAUAAAUUUCUACCUUGGAUGAUGAGUCAAUUUGUUUCGAGAGGAAGGGAGCUUGAAGUUGAUCUUGAAAGUGGUGGGACAACCAACGAAGAAGAUAAAAUGAGCGAUCCCAUUUCAGCAAAUGGACAAACCAAGACAAUUUUAAAGAGGGCAUGUACUGGGCCCGUGGGUUUUCAUGGAUUGGCAAAUUCAUCAAACUUUAGUGAGCUUGCGGCUGACAAUGUGGAGUUGUUGAUAGACAAUAAUUCAGAAGGACAAGAGGGAAAGCAGAACAUAACCUUUGUGGAUAGAAAAGAUGUUGUGGAGAAACGCAUAAAGAAUUUGAAAAAACCCCCCAAACCGCCAAGACCUCCUAAAGGUCUGUCACUGGAUGCUGCUGACCAGAAGUUGAUGAAAGAAAUCACCGAGCUUGCCAUGCGAAAACGUGCCAGGAUUGAAAGACUUAAAGCACUGAAGAAGAUGAGAGCAUCAAAGACAUCAUCUUGGAGCAGCAGCUUGUCUGCCAUGGUCAUCACAAUCGUUUUCUGCCUCAUUAUAAUAUAUCAAGCUUGGACCUGAACUUCUGCAACAUAUUCUGAACACUUGACCUAUUCAAAAGAUAAGAAAAGAAUUUGGAUACUUUACCUUUGACCAAAGCUGCAUUUCUUGCUUGUAAUUGUAUUCAUUGCAUGCUUUGAUAUCGAGUUUAAUUUAAUUUUUUUUGUCCCUAUCUCCCUUUUUUAACUGGAUAUGUCUGAUUAUUUCAUGGAGACAAAUCUAUCUUAUGUGACUUCUUUUUUUGCCUUUGAUAUGACCUGAGUAAGCUUGUUUUAUCAAUUUACAUUUUGUAGAUUUGUUAUUUUUUGUGAUCUUACCAAUCAGUUGUGGCAAUUGAUAAAACAUACAUAAUAUAUUGCAUCCUAUGCACUUAAAGCCUUCUUGGGAUGUCUCCUGAAGGAAAAGUCUUCUUGGGAUGAUUUCUUCUGCUUCUGUUUCAACUGUAAUCUAAGAUCAAUCUUCUUUCUGAUAUGCUGUUGAAGAAAUCUUCUUUAAUAUGCUAUUGAAAAUGGAAAGGAAUAUUUACAUUUCUGCUGGGCUUCAAAACCUUCAAACCAUGAUUAGGGAAACAUAAUGUGGAUUGGAUGCUGAUAAAAAGAAAAGGGAAUGAAAAGUUAGGACUAUAUUCCCCAAGUACUGAAAUCUUGUCUUUGAUUGCUCUUUAUGAGUAACACUGGAGCUAGUGCUUGCUAUUUAUGAAUUGUUCCAUGGAUCGCAUUAGAAAUGUUUGAUGCUUUUGGGGGCUUACUCUGGUGAAAAAUCAAAAUGAUUAGCAAGUUGGCCUUGUUGCUCUCUCUUUCAUUUGUCAUGAGUAGAACAUGGAAUCUUGUGCUCUUAUCAUUGAUCUCUUAUCAACUGCAAUUGCUAGAUACCAUGCUUAUUGGCUUACACAAUUGCUUUACUUCCUAUAUCAAUACUCCGGGAAGCUGGUUGUGGUCAGUUUCUUUUGUCUAAUUUCUGAAUCUUGGUAAGAGGUUCUGUCUAAGAAUGAUUUAUUCCAAGCUAUCCAUCCAUCUUUAUUUCAUGCUUGUUCUUGUUCUUUUCUUUUUUGUCUACUAACCUAGUCUAGCAUCUGCUUUUUACAUGGAGUUUUAGGUCAUUAGAUCUAUCUUCCAGAGUUCUCUCUGAUCUUAAGGUGAUAGCGGUAUUGCUAUUUAACAUUUACAUUAGUGACACAGUGUGAAGCUUUGC